AUGGAAGACGGUGCGUUCAUCACGUUCAUGGCCCAGGCCUUUAACGCCCAACAGCGUGUGACUCUGUACCCGGAUGUCGUGCGCCUGUUGCAAGACAAACAUAAGCGUCAAGUGCUGUGGAGCGCCUACUUGGACGCGAAGGACGAAGUGGCCGCGACAACCCCCGCAACAUCUAGUGCAGCGCCGUCGCUCUUUUAA